AUGGCAGCCCUGGAGGAGGAAUUCACGUUGUUUGGGGUUCCUUUGGGCGCCGGGCCUGACGGGCUCCUAGGCGUGGAACAGAGCGACAAAACAGACCAGUUUCUGGUGACAGACAGUGCCAGGACCGUCAUCCUCUAUAAGGUUUCGGAUCAGAAACCCUUGGGGAGCUGGUCGGUGAAGCAAGGUCAAAUUAUAACAUGUCCAGCUGUGUGCAACUUUCAAACUGGAGAGUAUGUUAUAGUCCAUGAUCACAAGGUCUUGAGAAUAUGGAGCAAUGAAGAUGUAAACUUGGAUAAAGUAUUUAAGGCUACAUUGUCAGCUGAGGUGUACAGGAUACUUUCAGUACAAGGGACAGAACCUCUAGUGCUGUUCAAGAAAGGUGCAGUCCGUGGUCUGGAGGCCUUGCUUGCAGAACCGCAGCAGAAGAUCGAAACUGUGAUCUCUGAUGAAGAAAUCAUUAGGUGGACAAAGUUUUCCCUGCUAUUUAAGCAUCCUGUUUUAAUUUUUAUUACUGAAAAACAUGGAAAUUAUUUUGCUUAUUUACAAACAUUUAACACACGAAUCUUAAGCAAAUAUACACUCUUACCUGGACUAGAAGAGAAAUCUGUCAUACAGAAUUUCACAGCAUCUGUACAGCGGAAGUUCAUAACUUUGAUGUCUUUAAGUUCUGAUGGAAGCAUAUAUGAAACCCUGAUACCAACACAUCCAGGUGAUCCUGAAAAGAAUCAGGUUGUAGUCAGGUCAUUGUUGCUCAAGGCGGUCGUGUCUGGUGAUGCUGGAAAUGGUGCGACGCUCCACAUCCUGGAUCGAGAUCACGUAGCAGUCCUGGGAACUCCGCAGUCAGCUUCUAAGGACCACCUCUCCAUAUGGAACAUCAAAUUUCAAACACUGCAAGCUUCCAAAGAGUUACCACAAGGUACCAGUGGUCAGCUCUGGUAUUAUGGGGAAAACCUCUUUAUGUUACAUGGGAAAUGUUUGACGGUGGUCCCAUACAAGUGUGAAGUGUCAUCACUGGCCGGUGCACUUGGAAAACUCAGGCACAGUUGUGAUCCAGACACUCAUGCUGCACCCCAUUUUGUAAACUGGGAGACAGCCCACGAAGAUGAAUCACAGAACUCAGAACAGUCAAGGAAAAAUUUAAGAAGAAAAGAUGAAGCGAGUUUACAGCCAGCAGUUUCAGCAUCCAGACAACUUCUAUUAACGAUAAAGAAUGAUACAGAAAAGCACAUUGAAGUAGAACUGCGUAAAUUUUUGGCUGUUAAGCAGACGCCUGACUUUCAUGCUAUUAUUGGCGACAUAGUGAGAGGACUUCUGGACAGAUGUAAAGCCGAAACAUCAUUCUACCCCCGAAACUGUCUGAUGCAGCUUAUCCAAACACAAGUGCUUUCCUACAGCUUGUGCCCGGCCUUAAUGGAAGUUGCCUUGGAAAAGUCAGAUGUGCAGAUCUUACAGAUCUGUCUGCGGCAAUUCCCCGACAUUCCCGAGGCCGUCACCUGCGCCUGCUUAAAAGUCUUUUUAAGCAUUGGUGACGACAAGCUUCAAGAAGCAGAUAUCAACACAGAGUCGGUUUUUGACUUAGAUGAUGCUGUUCAGGAGGAGAAAAUGGAAGAGCAAACAGAAGUUGUUGAAAACGGCUUUAAUCUUGAAGAAGACAGUUGCAGUAACUGUGACAAAGAGUUAAAAGAGAAACCUCAAAGCGUGACACAGGAGACCUCGUCAAGCCCUGUGACACCAAAAAGAGCAGCGCUACUAAAUGCAGUUCUUCAUUCAGCGUACAGUGAAGCAUUCCUUGUGGCUCACUUGAAAGAUAUUCCAGCACAACAUAUCACACUAUUUCUCCAGUACUUGUAUUAUCUUUAUCAGAAAUGUAGUGAAAAUGCAGCUAUGACUCUUCCUGGAACACAUCCUCCAACCCUGGACCAGAUUAUGGAUUGGAUAUGCUUACUUCUCGAUGCUAAUUUCACUGUUGUGGUAAUGCUACCAGAAGCAAAAAGGCUGCUGAUAAGCCUUUACAAUUUUGUGAAAGCCCAGAUAAACGUUUAUUCUGAACUCAACAAGAUUGACGUGAGUUUCCGGGAGCUACAGAAAUUAAAUCAAGAAAAGACUAAUACAGGAUUAUAUUCAAUUGAAGUACUGGAGCUCUUCUGA